AUGAAGCGGAUUGGGGCCGUCAAGACUAGUUUGAUCAACCCGUCACUGCUCUCCAUCGUUGGGUCGGGGGGGAUCUCGUGGGAUUUUGACCUUACUAUCGGUCAACUGGUGAGCUGGAAAAAUCCGAAGCAGUCUGAUGAGAAUAUCCUGGCCGAGCCGCUGGGGUUUGAGAUUUAUCGCGCCAUGACGGACAAUGAUCGGGGAUGCGACUUUGGCAGGAACUGGUUUAACAGACGGUUGCACCAGGCGAAGUUUCAUUUAGUGGAGGCGACGUGGAAGGAGUUGCAUGAGGGAGCAGCGACGGAGAUUGUGGUCAAGGGACGGAUGGCGCCUCCGGUGUUGAACUGGGCUUUGGAGUUGAAGAUUACGUACAUGUUGGGCGGGCAUGAUGUUGCUAUCAAGGUGGAGGCGAAGCCUACAGGGGCCCUGCUCCCCAGAGCAUGGGGGCGACUGGGACUGGUGACGAAGCUCAAGGGGGUUGAGAGUGUGGAGUGGUUUGGACGGGGCCCAGGGGAGGGGUACAGAGACAAGAAGAUGAGCCAGCUGGUUGGGUGGUGGGGUGCGAAGGUGGGGGAGCUGAUGACGGAUUAUGAAUUCCCACAGGAGACGGGGAACAGGACGGAUGUGAGAUGGGUCAGGUUUAGGAACAAGGAGAACAAGAGUUUGUUGAGUGUGGAUUGGCAGAAUUGGCAGGCCCAGAAGGGAGGAAGGGAGAUGGGGGAUUUUAGCGCGUUGAGGUAUUCGACAAGGGAGCUGGACGAGGCGAAGCAUCCUUUUGAGUUGGAGGAUAAGGGGAAGGAAGGGGAGACGGUGGUGCAUUUGGAUUGGUGGCAUCACGGGUUGGGGACUGGGAGUUGUGGGCCCGAGACGUUGAGGGAGCAUACCCUUGAGGCCGGGAAGGAAUAUGAGAUGGAGGUUUUGCUGUACUGA